GUGCAAACUGUACCUUUAAGACUGACGUCACAAUGACGUAGAACAAGGAAGGCGUGGCCGACCUGUGAAAUGUCCGGGAGGAAUGGCGCUCGGCGCGGUAUUUUGAACAAUCAUCUUUUGCUCUCCUCGAUUCGCCCGCUAUCGUUGGCCCACGCCAGAUAACUCAGUGUCCUGGGGUGCUGAGUCAUCGUCAACAUGGACGUGGUUUCGCCGGAACUCAACAGCCUCCUUCCCGACGAAAUCAUGGACAUGGAGGCCAUCGAGGUGGUGGCGCAGUCCAGCCAAGACGCGUCCGUCGCCAUGGAAACGGACUCCGUCGGCACGUCGACGGAACGUGGCCUCCACGGCGACACAGUCUCCACUUCCGGUUUAUCCUCCCAGCCGGUCACUCUGAGGCCGACGCUGGCCACCUCCGCCGCCACCACCAAGACCACAGACAGCGUCACGGGGACGACGGUCACCACGAGCACCUUACAGAAGCUGGCGCCGCUCAGCAUCUCCGCCAGCAACCACCAUCAGAUCAUCCUCAACAAGGUGGCGCAGGCCUCUGAGUCGGCACGGGCGGCGGGUGGUCAGAAGCUCGUAUUGACCACCAUAGGAAAGACUGGGCAGCCCAUCGUGCUGCAGCUGCCCCAUGCCACCACCAAGGUGGGAGGAGCGGCGGGAGUGACCGACAGAAAGUCCAUCAAGUUGGUGACAAUCGGCGGAAGGACAGAUUUAAAGCCGUUGGUCGGCAGUGCAGCCAGUCACGUGACUGCCUUACAAGGGCAACAGCUCAAGACUGUGCAGAUCGCCAAGAAAACGCCAGUGUCUUCGACUCCGCCCAUCAAGUUCAUCAUCACCAAACCGGUGAACAGCAAAGCGCUGAGUCCUCAGACGUCAGGCGCUCCCGUCAUUGCCGGAAGAGUCCUGGCGCAGAAUUCUCCGACGAUGCCUCAGAGGACGAUCACGCUCACCGAGUCCCAGCUUAAUACGGCGGCCAGCAUCCAAACCAUCGCCGGCAAAAAGAUCGCCAUCUCUCCCCUCAAGUCUCCUAGCAAGGUAACGGUGGUUUCCGUGGCAUCGCCAACCUCCGGAGGUGCUCAGAAGUCCAUGACUCUGCCGGUCGGCGUGGCGCUGGGCCAGCAGAUUCUCUCGGUGCCGCAGUCUACUUCGGUGUCACCUGUCAAGGUGGCCACCAGCCAGGCAGCAGCGCAGAAUAUCAAACCGGUCCAAUCUGUGGCGGUGGCCGGCUCCCAGUUCAAGACCAUCAUCCCACUGGCUGCCCAGCCUAACAUGCAACAGAUCCAGGUACCAGGAAGCCGCUUCCACUACGUUCGUUUGGUCACCGCCACAACGGCGAGUGGCGGCAUGCAGCCCAGUGCUUCCAGCACCAGCGCCAUGCAGCCAGCUAAACCCAUGGUGGUCAGCACAGGAGCGGUGAGGAUGUCGGUCCCCAUUGUGACGGCUCAGACGGUAAAACAGGUGGCGCCCAAACCAGCCACCCAGGUGGUCACCGGGUCGACGACCCAGCAGCGCCUCAUUAUGCCCGCCACAGCACUUCCCCAAAUCCAGCCCAAUUUUGCUAACCUGCCGCCAGGCACCGUCCUAGCGCCGGCCCCAGGCGGCGCGAAUGUGGGCUAUGCCGUGUAUCCGGCACAGUACGUCACGCAGCUUCAGCAGACGCCCAUUGUGACCCUUGCUAACAACUCCACAUUUUCCAACUCCGCCGCCACCGUUCAGACUCAGGCCCGACUACCGCUCAAUGGCAUGUCGGCAGAGGCGACGUCCCGGCCAAGGAAACCUUGUAAUUGCACAAAGUCUCAGUGUCUUAAACUAUAUUGCGAUUGCUUCGCAAACGGCGAGUUCUGCAGCAAUUGCAACUGCAACAACUGCUUCAACAAUUUGGAGCAUGAGACCGAGCGCUCCAAGGCCAUCAAGACAUGUUUGGACCGCAACCCGGAGGCCUUCAAGCCCAAGAUCGGCAAAGGGAAAGAGGGCGAGUCGGACCGGCGCCACAGCAAAGGCUGCAACUGUAAACGGUCGGGUUGCCUGAAAAACUACUGCGAGUGCUACGAGGCCAAGAUCAUGUGCUCGUCCAUCUGCAGGUGCAUCGGCUGCAAGAACUUCGAGGAGAGCCCGGAGAGGAAGACGCUCAUGCACUUAGCGGACGCCGCGGAGGUGAGGGUCCAGCAACAGACGGCGGCCAAGACCAAGCUCUCCUCACAGAUUUCAGACUUGCUCAUGAGGACAACGCCUGUAAUAUCAAGUGGGGGCGGCAGGCUCCCGUACACGUUUGUGACAAAGGAAGUGCUGGAAGCCACGUGCGAGUGCCUCCUGGAGCAGGCCAAGUGGGCGGAGCAGACGCGGCAACCUCAAGUGGAGGCCGAGCGCCUAAUCCUGGAAGAGUUUGGACACUGCCUCAUGAGCAUCAUCAACUCGGCAGGCAAAGCUAAAGCGGACUCCGCCGCCAUCAACAGCUAGGUCGCGGUUCUUAUCCGCUAGUUGAAAACAAUGGCCGGCUUGAAAUGAACUCACUUGGAACAAGAGACAUUUGUGUCGUUUGUCCUUUUAUACACUCUUGCUUUCCUCUUUCUUAUCUGACGUUUUAAGGCAGAAACAUGGUGUCAAAUGGUAUGUUUGUGAUCCCACUUGACAAAACACAUUUUUAUUUAUUUCGACAAGUAUUUGUCAUUAGUUAGGGCUAAUCUUGUUGCUUACUCUUAAUUAUUAUAACAAUUAUUGUUAUUAACCCAGAAAUCCUGAAUCUGUGCAUGUAAGCACAACUCUAAAUGACAAAAUACUGGCCAAGCAUCUGCAAAUAUCCUUGUGCUUAAAGAAGAUGACAUUAUAUUGGAGGAUAAAUAUAAAAUCCACAAGCACAAAAUUCAACAAAAUGUUCAAAACUAGCAGUAAUUGUUUUACUGUGUAGUGAGUGUUUUACAUGUUGGUGAAACACUGCAUAAUUUGCCAGUUUCAAUAAUUUUUAAAUGAAAAAAAUGUGUCACUUAUCCCUCCCCACCCAUCUUUUGUCAAUAUAAACAUAAACAUUUCGAUAGUUCAGUAAUCUGGUGGGAAAUUGUGUACAGUUCGCUAAUUGUAUAAAAAUAAAAAAGCUAUUUGGCAAUGUAUUUAAUUCAAACACAAAAACGUGAUAUUUGUUUCUUCGUUAAUGUUGUUUUGUAUACAUAAUUAUUAGCUCGAAAGCAGUGUUGUUUUGUCCAUUCAAAAGCAACUUUUUUUUAACCAUCGAGGAAGAAUUGACAGCAAGCGAAGAAGAAAUAGCGGAAGAGGCGGAGCCUACCAUUUUUCAUCAGGCAGCGUGGUCCAAUACGACGUAGGUAAAGAAAUGUUGGUUUAUUUCAUUGUUUUCUUUGUAAACGUAAAGUAUCCGUAAAGGUUUCAUAGCUUUGAGAUUUUUAUUUAUAUUCCGAGCGUAUUAUUUUCAUGGUUUUUGCACUGCCCUUGUGAAACCACGUUUUUCUUUCCAGUCGACGAAGAGCUCGAAACGCAAAUUGAAGUAAAAAGUAAGUAUAUCUUUUUGCGCUAAUUAAUUUCAAAGGAAUCCCAAUGAUUAUAUCAAUCACUACCCAUCUGACCCAUUCAUAUGUUUGGGGAAGAUUAUACAAGUUAUGAUGAUGAGGGUUUUGGGACUAUUGCGCCUCAGAACGUGUAAUCAAUUACUGUUAAUGGUUUGUUGUCGUUUUUUUCUCUUUCAGAGCUGUCCCUGAUUGACCCUGGAAAUUUGUAUAUUGUAUGUAUGUACUGUACGUCGAAUAAUAAAUGUCUAAAUCAA